AUGCUAAUUCCAGUGACAGUGGAGAAGAAAAUGCCGCCAGAGGUGUAUGGGAUGAUCUGUUCAUAUGCUUGUCGCGAUUGGGGGUAUACAGGCCGCUCGCUCUCAGCCGUGUCCAAAUAUACGAGGGAUAUCUCUGCCCCUUAUAAAUUCCAGUCUAUCUCCCUCAUCAACCUCUUCGAAAUUCUCUCAUUUACCUCUGUCCUACAACAGACGCCGCAAGACGCCCGGCGUGUUCGCUACCUCUUCCUCAGUGACUCGCCGCUAUCCGACGAUCCGCGUUGGGACGACCAUGGCAUCGAAGAUUCGGCCUACGUGCGUCGCAAAACGGGCGCCAGCAAGGCGGUCAUGGACAUCCUGGGGCUUGUCGCUCCAACCGUAGAGAUCAUCCAUGGGCUCUUCCUAAGGCCACACACAUUCUGCUUGCUCCCCUCAUCGUUAGACUUUCCAGUUUUGACGGAACUCGCGCUGUACCACCAUUACCGCUCAAAGCCCGACGAGAGAACGGUUUAUCCUACGCUUCGCGAUCUGCGCUUGAUCUCAUGCCCGUCUCUGCACAAAGCCGACUUCAAGUGGAUAACGCAGCUCGCGCCAGGCCUGACGCACCUCUACGUCUCGGCGGCGCAUCCAUACUACGAUAUGCUGUUCCAAGACUUUGCGAAGACGGUGGAGAAAGUCUUGUCAGAGGGGCUACUUCCGAAAGAUGUACAGCUGUUGGUCGAGUUACCUGAUCUCGAGGAGUACGACAUCAACGACGAACAUCGCGCGUACAUUGAACAGCUUCGGCAACUGGCUACAAAAUUCUCAAGAAUGUCGCUGGUCGAGUCACCAGCGGACAUCGCCACUAGCGAAGACGCUGAGCAGCAGUGGCUGAAGAGUGUGAACAGAUAA